AUGGUGGCGUUCACGGUGUCCAGAGUGGAAACCGCGCCUUUCGUUGGCCAGAAGCCCGGCACUUCCGGUCUACGUAAGAAGGUGAAGGUGUUCAUGCAACCUCAUUAUUUGGAAAAUUUUGUUCAGCCAACGUUCUACGCCCUUUCAGCAGAAAAAGUUAAGAGGUCCGGAGCCACACUUGUUGUUUCUGAAGAUGGCCGCUAUUAUUCAAAAGAUGCAAUUCAGAUCAUAGUAAAGAUGACUGCUGCGAAUGGAGUAAGACGUGUUUGGGUUGGUCAGAAUGGUUUGCUCUCAACUCCUGCUGUAUCAGCAGUAAUUCGUGAGAGAACUGGGCAUGAUGGAUCUAGGCCAUCAGGUGCAUUUAUUCUGACAGCAAGCCAAAAUCCAGGAGGUCCCCAUGAGGACUUUGGGAUCAAGUAUAACAUGGAAAAUGGCGGACGUGCUCCUGAGAGUAUUACUAAUAAGAUCUAUGAGAAUACGAAAACUAUAAAGGAAUAUUUUAUAGCGGAAGACCUACCUAAUGUUGACAUUACUGCUUUGGUGUCACGAGCUUCACUGGACCUGAAGGGCCGUUUGAUGUCGAAGUCUUCGAUUCAGCUGCGGAUUACAUAUUUGUGGUCGAUUCUAAUAGCCAAAAUCUUUUACUGCCUUAUUCAAAGCUAUGAUGCACUACAUGGAGUUGCAGGAGCUUAUGCUAGGCGUAUAUUUGUGGAAGAGCUCGGUGCUAAUGACAGCUCUCUGCUUAACUGCACACCUGAGGUCUUGCAUGCACAGAUAAAUGCUGAAAGAUUCUUUGUUACUCCAUCGGAUUCUGUCGCUAUCAUUGCUGCAAAUGCUGUUGAAGCCAUACCCUACUUUUCUGGCGGUCUCAAGGGAGUAGCCAGAGGCUGCACUCCAUAUGUUUACAGUGUCAGCAUCAUGACUUGGUGCAAGAUUGUCAAGGGGAUACGUCCUGAUGUACCAAAUGUUGUUCAUGCUGAUGAAUUUGAAUAUAAGGAUCCUGUUGAUGGUUCCAUUUCUAAGCAGCAAGGAACAGGCUCAGAAGGUGCAACCAUUCGUCUUUACGUAGAGCAGUAUGAGAAGGAUCGAGCAAAAACCGGGAGAGAGUCUCAGGAAGCAUUGGCUCCUCUUGUGAAAGCUAUUCUCAAGCUUUCAAAAAAUGGAGGAAUUUACCGGGCGAUGUGGCCCGACUGUCGUUACAUAGAUCUGCUUCCGCUACAUCAAGAUUUUACAGACCCUGCAUUAGUGUAUACAGUUUUGUGA